AUGGCCGUGCUACCACUUACCGUCCGUCCGAUUCAGCCUCCACCAGGCUCGGAUAUUGAUUUUGGUGCUGAGAUUGAGGGUGCUAAUUUGGAAACCUUGACCGACGAGCAAUUCAAGACUAUUCGUGACGCUCUUUACCGCUAUCAUGUGGUCGUGUUCAAGAAUCAGAAGGGACUAUCUCCCAAAGCUCAAUAUGAGCUGACCAAGCGCUUCGAUCCGGCCUCCGACAACUAUGGACAUGGCAAGACCAUUGACGCAAAGCGAAGCAUUCUUCAUCCCGAUCUCAAGACCGUUCCCCAUCAGCCACAGGUUCAGGUCAUUGGAAAUGGAUUCGUUCCAGCGUAUGAAGGUCUGAAAGAAGUCACAUUGCGACACCCUCACCACCGUACAUUUCACAAGGAUCACGUCCCUGAUGAUCAAGACUAUGACUUCACUCGGUUUUACCGCUGGCACAUCGAUGCUGCCCUCUAUGAUCUAUACCCACCCCAGGUGACGACACUCAUGGCCGUGAAUGUACCGAAAGGUCGCCGUCAGACACUCCUAUAUGAUGAUGGCACGGGAGAAACAAUGGAUGUUCCCCUAGGUACAACGGCGUUUGUCAGUGGUGAACGCAUGUUUGAACUUCUCUCGCCCGAGGACAAGGAGUUUGUUAAGACGAGCAAGAUGGAAUAUGCCCCUCACCCAUAUAUCUGGAUGAGCCCAGCUCGAUCUCGCUCCACUGGACUAGGCAUGCACUCCGAGGGUCUCGAGCUCCCAGAAUCAGACCUUCCGCCCAUUGACCCUAGCAAGAUCAUGGUCUUUCCUAUGACCUGGAAGAAUCCCGUGACGGGAAAGUUGGCUUUGCAGAUCCACCCAUCUGCCGUGCGGAGGAUUCAUUGCGCUGAUGGCUCUGUGGUUGAAGAUUUGGCUCGUGUGCGUGAGAUCGUCUACAAAUUGCAGCGACCAGCGAUCAGCCCCCAAUACGUGUAUCCACAUGACUGGGUGGACAACGACUUGGUGUUGUUCAACAACCGUGGAGUGCUUCACUCGGUAGUCGGUGCAUUCAAGCCCGAUGAGGUUCGUUUGUUCCGCCAGUGCAAUUUGGCUGCUUCUGAUCCGCCAGUCGGACCAUGA